GUCGUCGUCGUCGUCGUAAACAUGGCAUUCGUUUCGCCAACCACUUGUGCGAUUCAAACUGUGUGCGUGGCAAAGUUAUUUCAGGCAUUCAUUUCAUUUGUAAACAUCUAUGCGUCAUACCGAUACAUUCACAAACACAGCUUCGCUACUGGUGUUUGUGUUGAAAAGAACCGUUUGUGCAAUAGCCAAAACAAGCGAUUAUGUGAGCAUUUGCUGAGUGAAGUGACACAAGUAUAUACGGUACCAAAUCACAUCAGCAACAAAGCGAACAUUGUUUCUCUUCUCUGCGAACGAAAUCACAGCACGUGUUUAUUUAGAGCCGAUUCGACGCUCAUUUAGUGUUUUGACAUUCAGUGAAUCAGUUGUGAAACAAAAGUAACGAUUGUCAAAUGCGACGCAUAUUUACAAGUCAAACGAGUGAUAUGUGAAUUGUUUAAAAUGUGCAGUGAAGACGAAAAUUUCUCGGAAUCGGCGGGCGAUAAUUCCGAAGACGAUUUGAUUACAUUGGGCGAGCUCACGGAAUAUGAAAGCACGGUGUGGCGAUUUCCAGACAUAAGACGUUGUCCCGUUCGAUCGUGCGGUAUGCAUUUUGAAACACGAGCAAAGACCAUUGAACAUUAUCGUAAGACUCAUGCAAAGCACGCUGUUUUGUGUCGCAUUUGUGAUUAUCCACUGAUGUUGUUAACAGCCGCACAUCAUUUGGUUGGACAUUAUGCUCGCAAGCAUCCAAAAGAUACUCCACCAGUGAAAGUGAAAACGACACGGCAUGAGUGUUUAGAGUGCCACUCCACUUUCAAAAACUAUGUCUACUUGAACAAUCACAUGAAUAAAAUUCAUCGGCGACAAUCAAAGAAGGGAAAAUCUUCCGCGUGGCGUAAACCAAAAAAAGGUCAAGCAAAGAGACGAAAAGUGACAAAAGUGGACAAUAACCUGUUCACAUCAAAAUCAUCCGUUAAGAGUGACAAAACAACAGAAUCUUGGGAAGAUAUUGAAUCGGACAUAUCAACCUCGGUUGAUGCCACAUCGGACACCGCCAAUGACUCUCAAGACGUGUCGGAUCCAUCGACUCAGGCAACAACGAAUUCCAUCCGACAAUUGGUUAAGCGUAAGGCACGCUCGUUCAAUCCACAAAACAAAUUGCGAUCAUGUACGAUCUGUGGCAGAUUCCUAAAAAACUAUUUGCUUGCCAACAAUCAUUAUCGAAAAGCCCAUGGUCGAACGGUGUCGAUGUGCUCGUUUUGUGGAAAGUAUUUUGACAAAUCAACAGCGCUCAUUCAGCACAUGAAGAAAUUUCAUCAGUUUCGAUACGAAAUCGCCGCAAAACUGAACAAUUUUCGGGGUUUCAAACCUUUGGUGAAACCAACCAAGUUGAGAAAAAGUGACGCAAACAAGAAAGGCCAGAACGAUGUAAAACAAAAGCGAGGAACAAUGUCAAAAGACGCACCAAAACAUAAAAGGACGCUGGAAAAAGGUGCCUUCUCCCCAAAAACGUACGAAUCGAAUUUGACCAAACAAAUUGAUGGGCCAAUGGAGGUUCCAUUCGAAAAUGGCGAAGCAAACGAUGAUGAUAUCAGUCAGGACGAGGUUAUUACUUUGGGUGAAAUGACAGAAUAUCCGACAAUGCGAUGGCAUUUCCCUGACACGACCGCUUGUCCGCGAACAAAUUGCAAGCAAAAAUUCAAUACUCGUAACGAAGCCUUCAAACACUACCGUGAUCAACACUCCAUUUGGGACGUGCAGUGCAAAGAGUGUAAUAUUUUGGUGUCAUUGUCUGGAGCUCACAAUCUCAUAAACCACUACAAACGUUCACAUCCAAACGUUGAUCUACCGGCCAAAGCCUUUGAGAAUAAGACUACGUGCCAUGUGUGCCAGAAGGUGUUGUCAUUCCAACAGAUGCGUGUGCAUUUGUUUACACGGCACAAUCAAGAUGCACCGAGUAUACCAUCCAAAAUGGUAAAGAGCGAUCGAAUUCUAAAGCGCAAAUCGCUGAAUUUGAAACGAAUGGAUUCUGAAACAAAACAAGCGAAAAGUUCUGCAAGAUCAUUGCUUAGAAGCAAAUCGGUUUGCCAUCCAGGCUAUUCAGCAUCAUUCACUACCGCGAAGAAAAAUGCUCAAGACGAUGAAAAUGACGAAGUGCCAGUGUCAAAAGGUGUUCCAAUUGAACGAACACGAGCAAAUGUUCUUGAUGCGUCUCACGUGCAAUCGACACAUGAUCCCCCACAAACAGAGCAGACCUCACAUAUCAACCCACAGUCCAGUUCGAAUGAUCAACGCAAAUCACAACGCUGUGUAUCCACUUCUGAAUUGUCGCCAAAACAAAAGACUCGCUCGACGGGCGUUCGAAGCAAAGGUUGCACGAUUUGCGGUAUGGUUCUUUCGACUUAUGUGAUAGCCUGUGAACAUUACCAUCGGCUCCAUGGUCGAAAUGUUAUGAUGUGCCCGUAUUGUGGACAAUAUUUUGUGCAAGGACAUUUGCUCACCAAACAUGUGAUGGCAGUGCAUUCUGAAGACAGUGCCUAUGCGGUAAUGGCAAAAAAGGCAGACGAUCAUAUCACAACGAAAGAAGGAGGAAAAGGAGCAGUAGAAGAAUCUCAGAACGAUAUUGAUGUACCUGAUGCCCAGACACACAACGCUGAAACGCACGAUACCCACUCACAUGACACUGAGGCACCUGUUUUUGAUGCUAUUCCACCGAUGCAACCAGUAGAACUGGGUACGGCAGCAGAGAAACAGGAAUGUGCUCAAGACAUGCAACCAAAUGAUGAGCCCUUAAAUUUAACCGUUCAGAAGGACUCGGACUUUGGUGUAAUUGACCUAGCCAGCGGUGCAUUAGAUUUAAGUCGAAAGAAAUAACCAGAUUAGUUUCUCAGCGUUCAAAUCAUUUUGCGGAAUAGCUUAUUGAAAAAUCAAGUUCAUAUUCAGAUGAAAACAAAAGAAAUGAUCGGAAAAAAAGUAAAAAUAAUGCAAAGAGAUAAUGAAAAAUGAACAAAAGAAAACAACAAACAACAAAAAACCCGUUUUCUUGCCGGAAAGAAAAAUAAAAAAAUCAAAAUCAGUAUUGAAAGUCAUAAAAUUAAAAACUUCUUGAGAAAAAAAUGGUAGAAUAAAUAUGUCAAGAAUAGAUUUUCUCAAAUUUUGUAAAUGCAAUUUGCAUAAAAUUCAAAAACCGUGUGAUGAUAGCUGGCAAAAGUCAAGCAAUAUUAAUAUUUUCACAACAAAGUCAUAUUCAAAGUCAAUGAACAGCCAGCAAUUAUACAGAAAAAAGAUUCAAUAGCAAUGAUAAAGUGUACGACGCAAUAAAUAAAAUUCCCAUUUUUUUCUAUUCAA